UUGCGAGAAAUUCAUAACAAACAAAGAAACAACUAAAUAUAAUAUAGAAACAAAACAUUCAAGAGCAUAAUAACCACACACGACCCUGUGAUACUGAUCUAUCAACAACAUCUCAUCAUACCAGGGAAAAAGACCAUACAACAAAGUCGAAUAAUACGAAAUAAUGUGAAAUUCAUCACACACACAUGAGAAAAAUAAAGACAAAAGAGGCUUUCUACAUCCAUUUAACUGAUAACACACUCAGUCAACUUGGAAUAGAAGUCAGUAAAACCUGAAUAUCCCACUUCAAAAUAAUCACAUAAUAGAAUUACUGUGUGAGUAAAAGAUAUUUCCAAACAGCAUACACGUAGUAUAUUGAUUCUUGUCCUAGUGGGGAAGAUCCCAGACGAGCGGAGAGUACUCCAGCUCUCCUAUCAAGAAGACCCAGGGUUGAAUCCACAAAUACUGAUCUUUCUAAAUUCUCUCUGAAGACACCAGCCGGAAGGAAAAUGAAACUAUCAGCUUACUGUUAUAUCGAUUCCUUGUUAUGCUGAAACCUGAUGUUCUCUCGUUAAACAAGUACCAGACAAGAAUAUUCAGUUUCUAUUGUUAUAAACAACACAAAAAACCUUCCAGCAUGAUUUCGGCCAUGCCAGCUGUUGCCGUCCGGCGGGAGCGGAAGAAGAUGAAGAACCGACAAAUAUCUGCAUCAUCUAGUCAGCAAAGCAACUUGUCGUCCCUUGCAAGCUCACGUACUACUUCCCGCCAGUCGAGACGCACUCCAACGCAGAGUGUUAGCACAAUCAGCACCUUGCCCUCUUCGGAAAAUCAAAUAGGAAUUCCUUAUCACCGCUACUGCCGGGAAAGUUACGAAGCAGAGCAGCAAAGGCUGCAGCUUAUUGUCUAUGCAGGAGCAGUGUUGAUUGUAGCGGGCUUGGUGCUGGCAUUUAUCGGGGUUGGCGUUAGUCUGCCUUCUGCACAAAACAUUGGGCUGCUGUUCAUUGGAUUGGGCUCAAUACUCUGCUUUAUUCGAGUCUUUUGCACCAGACAACAAACCACGUUUGUCAAACAACCUCGAUUUGCAACUUCCAGCACUUCCGGUGAUUCCCUUUACACCUUGGCCCAGUCUUCCAGCAAUGCCACAACGCCAUCAAACGAAUCAUUGAGAUUUCAUCCACUUCCGGUCAAGAGACUUCCUCUAUCGCCAACCCAAGAAAGCACCAGCACAGUGACUGGUUAUCACAGCACCAGCCUCACUCCUACUAGUCUAAACAGCAUCCCCGAGACCCAGAUACUGAUUACGGACGAUUCGGAAAGAUACUGACUCGAGGAAUGUGGGGCAGCGAUUCCUCGGUACCAGCGACAUCUGGAUUACUGUAAAAAUUGUAAAUCUUCCAGCACUUUACAACAAACUAGAAUGUCGCGGACCGAUACACCAAGAAGAAAGUGCAUGCGAAAAUUAAACGAUAAUUAAUCCCUGAUCUUUCGUUUUUCAGUUUCUGACAAAUUUAUUAAUAACUUCCACUUCCCUUCACUAUUGCAAAUGCAUUUUCUUAUAGUUACUAAGAAAAUGAAUCUAAGUUUAUCUUAAAAUAGAGCACCUUUGUAUUAUUUUUCCACAACCCUAAAUUACCACAAAAUAAGUGAAUCAUUUUUAUUAAGUUGAAAUAACUUUAUCCCCUAAAAUUAGCUAUUUGUGAACCAUUUUCUAACAAAUGAGAAAUAUCUGUCUAAAAGUCAGUGUCUCUUUCUUACGCUGCUCCACUGGUCCAGAAACGCUCUUAUCAAGGACCUGAUUCCCUGUGAUCAACUUGCCCAGAUUCUUUUGUCAACAAAUAAGUUUUGACCAAGCAAUAAUGUAAUAAUCACAAUGGCUGUCGCGAAUGCUAUUCAGGAUUGUCAUAAACAUUGGAGUAAUGUCUUCGGACGUAGUGUUAUAUUUUUAAUGAUAUCAGAUAAUUUCAAACAUGGCCCUACUUGGAAACUGAGUGGUUUAAUUAUAGGGAUGGCGGUUUGAAUUGGUGCUUUUUGAUACUUAAAUGGUGGACUUGUGCUCAAUUUGGAGAUUUCAAUUGAGUAAAUGUUAAAUAUUAUUAAGCCAAGAAACACGUGUAGAAUAAACUCUACACCCUUAAAACUGGUAAUGUGACACUAAAAAGUGUCUGGUUUUUUGACGAUUUACACUUCAGUAGGAUUAGAAAAAGUUCGUUGAAAAAUGUGCUAUCAGUCAGUCAGUGCCACCCUAAAUGAAAUGUUAAGGCUAUAAAUCGUCCGUGGAAUUUUAUACUUGUUUUUUUUUUCACUUUUUGUUGGAAGAAAAUAAUUUAUAAAGUAUUAAUAUUUUUGUGGUUAUUUUGUAUUUCAGACGUUUAUUUUCUACAUCAUCCACUGUGUUUCAGUAAGAUUAUUCACACAAACUACUCUAUCUCUUCGAGUAACAUAAUUUUCAAAAACACUUAAUGUAACGCAAUACAAAUAUCAAGAGACAGUAUACAUAAUUCAGAAGCACUCACUUGUUUGACAUACUUGAAAGUUUGUUUGUUGUUCAUAGUGCAGAAAUCACAUUUACAUAAUGAUUCACACAGUUCCAUCCAACCUCAUUAUGUUUUUUUUUACAAUACAAAAUAAGGCCGUGAUAUAAAAAAUACGCAAUAACUCAUCUCUUGAAAGUUAUGGCGGAACAUGUCUUCAAAAAAAGUAUUCUCACUGUAAUAGAGUUGCUAAAACUUAGCCCCAAGCAGAUCUAGGUUGGUAAUUGUAUUAGUGUAGAUUUAGAGGUGGUUGCUAAAACAUAGGCCCCAAGCAUAUAGGUUGGUAAUUGUAUUAGUGUAGAUUUAGAGGUAGGCCCCAAGCAGAUCUAGGUUGGUAAUUGUAUUAGUGUAGAUUUAGAGGUGGCUAAUAUAGUCCAGUGUUGUUAUAAAAAAAUAUGCUAAACAAAAUACUUUGGAUGUUUAAAACCACUGUGCAAUGGCUCCGUUUUUUAAUUGGCGUGUUUAAUUUCUAUUUAUUUAUCUGUCUGAUUUUUAAACCCCAGGUGGAUUCAGAAUAAGCGUUUUUUUUCAAUUACAGUAAUUUGUGGUAAUUAUAUACUACUUUUCAUAUGAUUUUUCUUUUUUUCGUGUCAAAAUUUUGAAGUAUCGUCGGCUUUAUGAGACUGUUAAACGCAAAAGAAAAUUAAGUGGUUGACAUAAAUAAAUAAUAUUUGAGAAAUAAAAACAAUUACUUACAGCAUCAGGUUUUAUUAUAAAGGCCCGGAAUGGCCAGGUGGUCAGGGCGCUUGACUCGCAAUCUGAGGGUCGUUCGCAGGUUCG